AAGUUUUAACAACUGUGUCUGCUUCUGCAACAUUCAAUGCAAAAAAGGACUGGGAUUGUCCAGAAACACCAUUAAGGUGCUUUUUAACAUGCAGACACAACACUAAACUACAUUAUAUUGUUGAGCUCUGAUUUUAUAUUGUUCUGAUUUAUGUCCUUUGUGCUGCUAGACUACAUUAUAUUUGCUGUUUCUUGGAUGUUAUAUGUUUGACAGGCCAAGGCAUUGGGAUGAUAUUGUCUAGGAGCUUAUUACUAGGUAAUCAUUCUCUCAACUUUGUCUUAACUAAACUCAUUGGUUUCUUCAAAGCUAAAAAAAAAGGGGAAGUUGUAAUCUUCAAAGCUUAAAAAAAGGAAGUUGAAGUUACUAUUACACCUAUUAAAAAAGGGCACUAAGAAACAAAAUUUUAUAUCCAGUACUUUCCAUGUUGGCAGUAUACUCAGCUAUAAGGUAUCUUGAAUCUGAGACUGAAUCUCUCAAACUGUCGUUUGGUACUCCAUUACUUCCCUUUCACCCCUUGUAAGACUUUGACAGUAAAUAAGAAAUUUCCCUGACUUCUUGAUUUGAGACUUAAAAGAAAAUGGAGAAACAAGCAACAACAGAAGGAUUUUUUGAUGAUGGACACGAAGAUGGUUACGACGCAGUUGUUGUGGGGUCUGGCUAUGGUGGUUCUAUUGCUGCUUGUCGGUUGUCUAUGGCAGGCGUAAAGGUAUGUCUAAUUGAGAAAGGCCGGAGAUGGGAAUCUAAGGACUUUCCAACUGACAGCUCCAAAAUCUUGUCUGCUAUGAGGAUGGAGAACCAGAACCUAGGCAUUAGCUUUGGACGAAAAGAUGCUUUGUUCCAGGUAUAUGAGCAAAAUGAUUCUCUAGCAGCAGUUGCCUGUGGGCUUGGUGGAGGUUCACUAGUGAAUGCAGGAGUUAUGGUUCCAACACCAGUUCGUGCGAGACGGCAUCCAAAGUGGCCAAAGGAAUGGGAAAGAAAUUGGGAUAACUGUGAAGCUUCUGCUGCAGCCAUGCUGAAAGCACAGAGUAUUCCUGUCAAAUUUCCUAUUGCGAAAGUUAUGGAAGAAGUUUCUAAUGGAGAGAUUGGAGAAACUUUUGAUACUUCAGUGAAGCUGAGUGUGAAUUUUGACCCUGAAGAACCACUAGCCGAUGCAAUGGGUACCUGCUUAGCCUGUGGAAACUGUCUUUCUGGAUGUCCUUAUAAUGCCAAAAGUUCUACCGAUAAAAAUUAUCUACGUUCUGCAAUCCAGGCAGGAUGCGUUGUUAAAACAGAAUGUCAAGUGCAGUAUGUGGUUAGAAACCUGCAUGAAAGCUUACAAUAUGAAGGAAAAGUUGGAAGAAAAAAUAGAAGAUGGCUUGUUUACUUCAAUGAGAUUGACUAUAUCACCUCUGAUUUCGUAAUCCUAUCAGCUGGAGUUUUUGGCACAACUAAGAUACUCUUCCAGUCACAAAUGAGAGGACUAAAACUUUCAGAAGCACUCGGAUCUGGAUUCAGCUGUAAUGGGAAUACCGUGGCUUAUCUUGCUGGGAGCCCAGCACCACUGAAUGGCUACGGAUUAGACAGAAAGAAAGUGUUUAAGAUGCCAUUUCGAGAAAGGCCAGGGCCAUCCAUCUCUUCAUCUUACACUUCUUCACUGGGUUUUACAAUCCAGAGUGCUGUGCUUCCUACAGCUUAUCCGUACCUGCUGUUUAAAGGAAUUACAACAUAUGGAUGGCCUGCUGGAUACUGGUUCUUUCAUGGGAUUAUAGACAAGAUAAAACAUAUCAUGGGUUUCAAAGCAAGCCAAGCAAUGGUUCUUAUAGGAUUAGGAUAUGAUGAAAGUGACGGUAAGAUCAUGUUAGAAAGGGGCACAAACAAAAUCUGCUUUAUCCCAGCUCAUGAUCCCCUUCUCCCUCGAAAAAUUAAAGCUUUUCAAAAGAUCACUAAGAAAUUAGGAGGAAUUCUCUUUAUGUCAAAAUAUCGAAGCACAUCGGUUCAUCUUCUAGGCGGGUGCAAUGCAUCAUCAGAACCUUCACACGGUGUUUGCAACCCCAAUGGGCAGGUUUUUGAUGCAGAGGAUUCGACCACAGUACAUCCAGGCCUCUAUGUGUGCGAUGCUUCUUUGAUCCCAUGUUCUGUUGGAAUAAAUCCAUCUCUUACUAUUGCCACUGUAGCUGAGCACAUAAGUAAGCAACUUGUGCAGGAUGUUCUCAAGAACAAGAGGAGAAAGGGGCUUGAAUGUGUUCUCAAAACUGCAAACCAAGGUCCAGAUUCCUUCACUGAUAAGACUACAAUUACUGGUCAGAGAUCAGAGGUCUUGAUUAAAGAAACCAUGAGAGGUUAUGUUGGGGGUAUGCCCUGCACAGCUUAUAUCAGAAUGAAGAUGAACACUGGGGACCACUCUGAUGAACAGAAGUCUGGUACUGGAGAAUCCCAUCCUCUUCUAAGAGGGAAAGUGGGAGGGCAUGUGGAAUUUAGAGCCUUUGAGAAGGAUGAAUUACACGUCAUAGACGGGGACGUAAAUUUGUGUGAAGUAGAUUGCAGAACUCCUUACACACACUAUAUGCAUUAUAAUCUUCUUCUUGGGGCUUCUACUGGUUCAAGGUAUAUUCUUGAGGGAAGAAAGAUAAUGAAUCCUUAUCUCUUUGGCUUAUGCUUGGAGGGAGAUGACAACAUUGCAUGUGACAUUUGUAAAAGUUGCAGAGAAAAACUCAAGGGAUGAGAAGGUGAUUUUGAAAGGGGAGCUUAGUAUUUCCAUGAAGGAGCUUCUUAAGAGCUUCAUUAGCCUUGAAGGAAACAAGAAGGGAAGGUUCAUAUGCCUCCUCU